AAGUCAAAAACUCCCCAGAUUUCUACCAAGAAGCCCCUUUUUUAACUAUUGCCGAGGAUUUGUUGAAACUAAUCAAGGAGGAUAAAGUAGACCGAAUUAUUUUCUUGUCGGCUUAUGAUAAGAGGAAAUUUCCUAAUGGUGAUGAAAGAAAAUUUCGAAUGAUUCACGAUACUUUUGGCGGACUUACGCUUAAAAGUAGAGGGACUAUUUGUUCUUUUUGUGAAGUUCCUUUCAGUAAUGAUAAUCCGAAUAUUUGUAAAGAUGUAGCGAAAGUUACAAAAGAGUUAAUGGAUAAAAUAAUUUCAGACUCUGUUUUAGCAAAUGAAAGUAAAGAUUCAAUAAUAGCAAAAUUAGAAAAACAACACUUAAAGUUAAUCACUAUUGCCCCUUACUAUCCAGCCAUAGAACAUCACCCAGAAGUAGUAUUAGUUAAAAAUGAGAAUGGUGAAUGGAAGAAACGGACAAGAGAUAUAUUUUGUGUGUCAAAUAUAAUGUCAGUAGCAGCAACUCUUAUUAUGCAAAUAAGAAUACAAAUUAACGAGGAUAAGUUAGCAGAAUUAGAAAAACAAAGAUUUUAG